AUGCGUGGCUAUAUAUUCCCCUGGAUCACGAUUCUUUGCCAUGUCGGUGUUUUACGUACAAGUGCAAUCCGCUUUGAAGGAAAGUUUGAAUGGGAAUCGGAAGAACACGUGACAUUAAAAAUCAGUGAUGAAGCACGUCAUAAAAGGUCUUCAGAUGGAUUGACGUCAUAUCCGGAUGUUUUUGGUGUGACCUUUGACACGGCGAACACAUCUAUCGACCUCACUUUGAGACGCAAUUAUGGAGUUGAUGAAAACGUACCUGUCUACGUCAUCCGUGGAGAGAGGGUUGUCAUGGAAACGCUUCCUCCUCCAAACCGGACAGCGUUCUACCAAGAUAGUGUUCACAGCGCGGCGUUUAUUGUACAGUAUACAGACAAGGGGAUGACGAACAUGCAUGGUACGGUUGUUGUCAAGGGUGUGCAGUACUUCUUAGAAAAGUCACCUGGAACCAGUCAAGUUUCAGAUGUUGCCGAGUUCCGUCUGCGCAAGUUCAAAUCGAAGUCUGUAGAGUUCGCCGAUCCUAUCCCGGAAGGCAAAGGAGAUGACAUCGACAGGAACAAGAAAGAAGACUUCUCCUCAGAUAAUGUCAAACUAGACGACGCCAUACAUCAUGACGUCACAUUCAAUGAUGUCACGCAUGAUGGCGCUACCUUGGAUGACGUAGCAGACGCGAUCCCAGAUUUGAUUUCGAAACAUCAUCUCGUCAAACGGAGUGUCACUAACCAUGAAUUGGAAUUUCUGGUUGUUACAGACUAUUCUGUAUAUAAAUAUUGGUAUGACGUCAGCACGGCCAGUACUUCUUCAGCCAAGGCCAUUGAAGCAAAAGAGUCUAUUCGUCAGUAUUACGCAUACGUCAUCAACGAGAUAGACAUGAAAUAUAGUAACCUGCAGUCCUCCAUUAUUUCAAUCGACGUGGUCCUCGCUGAUAUCGUGAUCGCCGACACCGUGGCCAGCUCUCCCUGGACGGAGGAUACAGUGGUCGACGGAAAGGUGGAUGCUGCGACCGUUCUAGUGAAUUUUACGACAUGGCACCAAACCGCUACCAACCUCCCUGGACACGACCACGCCAUGCUGUUUUCAAAGUAUGAUUUCACGGCUGUCAUCGGUGGAACAGUGUCUAGUGGCGUGGCUGGUACGUAG